UUCAAUUUCAGAUCGAUCUCUCGGAUUAAAUUGGAUAUUCAAUCUAACCUAAUUCUUGCGAAUCACAAUGGAAUCAAAAACCAGAAUUGAUCUCAACUUUUAUUUUAUACUUUGUUUUCUUUACUCAAUUAGUUCUAUUAUUUGUGAUGAUUUUAAAUGCCCUGAAAGGGGUAAAGUUGGUGAAUUUAAAGUUCCAAAUGUUCUCAGUUUGAUUGAUAAACAAACAGGUUAUCAUGCUUCUGUUGAAGUUAUUAAUCCAACUCGAAACAAUUUGGUCCAUGAUUAUUAUGAUUGGAAAAAUAAUGUUGGAUACAUUGACUUGGAAGCAACCAUUCAAAAUGAAAUGAAUCGACGUUAUUAUUAUCAUUCAACAGAGGAAAAACUUGCAGUUCGAGAAGAUAAAUGUACAAGGUUGGACUUGACACAGAAUGAGAAAGUUGAAUCGAUCAAAGAUUGGUUUGAACCAAAAGAUAUUGUCGCUAACUCAGAGAUGUUUAAAGAUUUGGUUCAUUUGGGACCAACAGGAUUGAUGAUCUAUGCCAACAGUAUAAGUGAUAAAGCUUCGUUCAUAGGAUCUGAACUGAUUGAAGGUCGUACUGUCAAUCAUUGGUUUUAUUGCACUAAUCCUAAUGGACCUUACAUUGACUUUUAUUUUGAUGUUAAGACCUCGUUGCCUCAUCGGUUCUCGUUGUAUUAUCCCGAAUGGAUUGAAACUCAUGAGGUUAUUUCAGUAAAUGAAACUCAAACAGUUAAAAAGCAAGUUGAUUCCGAGUCAAAAUAUGUUUAUAACUUUUACAUGUUCAAACCGCUGGUCAUAUCACCAGAUGAACCUAUUCCUUAUCCAUUGAGUUAUGGAUGUGCUCGUAAAGGUGCUCUUGCAUCUACUCCACUACCAGAUUUCAGUCAAGUUAAAGAGUUUAAUAUGGAUAUGGAAGCGAUACUAACCCAUCCUCUACAGGAACCUAUCAGAUCUAAUGCGCGAGCUAUGAAACGAGGCGAUGUUAUUUCAUACGAAAUUCGAGAAGAAACUGUUUCCAUGCGUUUUAUUGAAUUGCCACCUCCUUUAGGGCUAUUUGAAGUCGUUGGACACAUUGAUCGAUGCGGUUAUUCUUUACCAACAUAUUUUUCCGAUAAUACACUAAUCACCAGUUGGCCUUAUCCUGAAUAUACACAUGGCUUCAAUUUAUUGUACUAUCUGGUAAUGAAGCCACCUCCAAAUCGUACACCAACUUUCAUUGGUGAUAUACCUUAUGGACCUUUUCGAGUGGAAGAAUACAGAGCCCCUAGGUUCUUCAAUUAUGUAGUUGAUGCCAUCAUUGACUAUUAUUAUGAUAAAAACGCGAGUGAUUCUGUUCCGAGUAAAGUAAUAUUUACUAAAGAUAGGAGUAAUGUUAACUAUGAUACCGUGCACGCUCCCCCUCAAGUUGAAGUGACAAUUAUUAACUACGAAGACGCUAACAUUGAUUAUAAAGAUCGAUUCGAUGUAUCUAAUUGUUAUGAAGAACCUGGAAGCUUUACUUGGUUUCAACUUCUCUUUUCAAAUCCUUCGCUGAGUGAAUUCAAUAUGAUACAAAUCAAGGAAUCAGCAGAAAAAUACUUGACUUCAUUCAUCCCAAUAAUUCGUAUUGGUGAAAUUCAUGCACAACAAGUUGAUUCUAAUGUUUAUAUUAGUGUUAAGCUUUAUGAUCGUUUACAUUUCAUUGAGGCUUAUAAUCUUUUGUAUCAACGUAAAAUUAUUAAUCCUUCAAAUAUCGUGCAAAGAUUUAAAGUCGAGGACUGUGAGCAAUUGUGCAGUUCGAGUCAAAAUUGUGUCGAUUUUAGUUAUUGUUCGGAUUAUGAUUGUUCAAUUUUCGUUGCAACAAAUGAUAAUGUCGAAGUAGAAACCACUGAGGACUGUAAACUUUUUUAUAGAGAUUCAAAGUUUGAUAUUGCACCAUUCGUUGAAACAAAUUAUUUGUCGACAAUACCACACGUAUUACAACAGAUAAGGAAUAAAGUCUCAGCAGGCGAAUUUCGUUUAGACAGUGUUGGCUUAUCAGCUGAAGAUUUGUUCGUUGUGAGUGGGCCUGAAGAAAUUGGUGAUAUUUCCCAAGAACUAUAUACAAGUGGUUCCAGACCAUUGAGAACUGAAGAUUUUCCGAUGAUAAACACUAAUCGUCAUUUCAAGGAAGCACAAUUCAAGAUGGAGAAAAGUACUCUUCAGGAUUGUUUCAUGGCUUGUGUCAAUGAUGAUGAUUGUAAUACACUUUCAUAUUGUGUUAACCAGAAUAAGGAAUGCAUUCUGAGUGGAGAAACAUCGAGUUCAUUGAAAGAUUCACUUGAAGACAAAACGAGUCAUGCAGAUGGAUGCAACAUCUAUCAAAAAUCAUUUAUCAAUCUAUUCCAUGAGUAUUCUGGAAAAAGUCUAGUUCUGGAUGCCGUCUCAACAAUAUCUGAUGUACCAAUUGGUGAUUGUGCUAAAAGAUGUGCUCAAUCAAAUGAUUUCAAUUGUGAAUCAUUUGAUUAUUGCGAUAUUGAAAACAAUAAACGAAAUGAAUCUAUUUGUUUUUUACAUGUAAAUCACAUUGAGAUAGACAAAGCUCAUCAAAUAAAUGCAACAAACUGGAAGUUGGCUGAAGCUGGAUGUUCCCAUUAUUCAAAAAAAUCUGAACUUGAUUAUGAACAUAGAUUUGGACUUGUAUUGAACGAUAACAUGAAAGAAUCAAUUGUUGGAACCUUUGACCAUUUAUCACUAGAACACUGUGCUUCCAGAUGCAAUUCAGAUCCUAAUUGUUUUACUCUCGAGUUUUGUGAAUCUAUUGACUAUGAUCAAGUUUCCGAUAGCAGUGUUGCAUUGACGAGCUGUUCAUUGACCAACUUGAAACCAAGUAAUGCCAACCAACCUGGACUAUUUGAAGAAACAAAAAGCAACAAAAUUUGUUCAAUUUACAUAAAUCGCAAAAAGAUCACAGGAAAAAGUAAAACUGAUCCACAGCCAUUUGCAUUAAAUAUACAAUCUGAAUCAUCAACUAAAUCGGGCAAUUUGAAGAUAGCAUUUGGAUUGGGGACAAUAGUCUGCUUAAUGGCGUUUGCUGGUGGAUUCAUUGGCUUUAAAUUUGCUAAUAAAAAAGGAAUCAUUUCAUAGACUAACUUAUUGUAAACAGUGAAUAAAGUACCAAUAAAACAACAAA